AUGGUCUGGAUCCAAAUGUUGAGAUUGUUCCCAAGGGUAGCCUUAGCUGGGGAAGUCGUCCAUCUUCUUCAACCUCAAAUCCUUGGGGUGCAUCAGCAGUAUCACCAAAUUCUGAUGGUAACACCGUUUCGCCACGUCAUCCCACUGGCCGCCCAUCAUCUGGCGGGGGCCUCAGUCGACCAUCGACAGCUGGCAGUGAAAGAACCCAUGAUCCUUCUGCUAACACAUGGGGUCCAAAUUCCAGGCCAUCAUCUGCUUCAGGGGGUAUUAACGUCAAACCAGUCGACACUAACAACCUCACGCCCACUCAGUGCAGAGACAAGACCUGGUAGCUCACAUUUAUCCCGUUUUGCUGAACCCACAUUUGAUAAUUCCAUGGCGUGGGGCCCUAAUGUUACUUCAGAUAAGCUUUCAAUACCCUCCAAGGGUAAUGAUUUUUCUCUGAGUUCCGGGGACUUUCCAACUUUGGGUUCAGAAAAAGAUGCAAAGAGUAGCGAACCACAUGAUCAAGAUCACGAAUCUCAUGUUCGUCCUGGCUCAGCCUCUGGCAGAACUGCACCUUUCAAAGAGAGAAACGAAAUGUCUCAGCAUGAUACCAAGAGUGGAAGUGUUGAAACUUGGACAAGAGAAGGUCCACCACAUGUUGAAGAACACUGGCAAGGGGAACCACACCAAUAUCUCAACCCUAAUGCCCCCCCUCAACAUUUUGAUGCAUGGCGUGGCCCACCAAUGAAUGCACCUGGUGUUUGGUACAGAGGACCACCACCACCACCCGGAGGUCCACCAUACCCCCCUGUUCCUCAUGGCGGCUACCCAAUGGAACCUUUCCCUUACUACCGCCCUCAGAUGCCGCCUCCUUUAGCAAAUUCACAACAGGGUCCUCCACCAGGGCCCGGUCCAAGAGGUCAUCAUCCAAGAAAUGGAGAUUUCUAUAGACCCCAGAUGCCUGAUGCUUUUAUACGCCCUGGUAUGCCUAUUAGGCCUGGGUUUUACCCUGGUCCUGUGCCUUACGAAGGGUAUUUUGGUCCACCAAUGGGUUAUAAUCACAAUCCCAAUGACCGUGAUAACCCGUUUAUGGGAAUGCCACCUGGACCGCCUGUUUACAACAUGUGUCCACCUCAAAACCCUUCGGAGCUUGGUGAUCCCCAUUUUAGAGGCGGCGUGCGUGGGCCCGGAAACAUGUAUGUUCCGGAACAAUUGGAUUCUGUUCCUCCACAUGAAGAGCCUCGUGGGCCAUACAAAGUUCUUAGGAAACGUGAAAACGAAAGGAAUGCUGAUGUGGACGAGAGUAGUUGGGAGAAUCAGACUACAACAAACUCAUUGGCUUUAGAAAAGAAUGAGCAGCCACAGCCAAGACCAUCAUUCCACAAAAGUGACACCAGAAGGAAUGAAGAUAUGCCUUCUAGAAGAAACACACUUGUUGAGAAUAAUCCUCUUCCUUCCAGGAUGUUAGGAAGCCAAAAUUACCCUUCUAAUUCUAAAGCAUCCAGUGAGAGUUGGGGUAAAAGAUCAGAGCCUGUUUCAGAAGUGGCUCAGGAUGUUUCAGCUAACCCUAAAGAUGCAAGCUUGAUACAAAAGAUUGAAGGUUUGAAUGCAAAAGUACGGGGGGCUUCUGAUGUUGCAUCUGGUAAUUUAAAAGAGGAGCAAAAGAAUAGGUUAGUUAAUAACCCAAACCCCAAGGACAAUUCUACCCUUACAUUUGGUACCAUUUCCAACACUGAAGAUCUUGCCCCUCCUCAUGACAUCAAUCUUUCUAAAGAUAAUACCCCUAAAUCUACCACAGCAAGCGCAUCAGUAGUCUCAAGGCAACCGCAUCAUGGAGUGCGAAAAGGAAGACCAGUUAAUCAAGAUAAUGAUGGGUGGCGAAAGAAAUCUCCAAUUCCAAGUUCUGAGAAUGUUGUUCAUGUUUCUGCAGAGAACCCUGAAACUAAGAACACAGGCGAUUCUCUACUCCAAUGGUUGACCCUGCCGAUGGUCAAGCACAGCGAGCUAGGAUGAGGGAGUUGGCUAAACAGCGUGCAAUUCAAU